AUGAGAAUGCUGCCACAGUAUGAGAGACUGAUACCUCUAGAGGACAGUUAUGACGAUACUUUCAGUCUGUUGUUUAUCAAAAACUCUGAGUCCUCAAAUAGCGAGAUCCAUGAGGAACUCCUCAAACGUAGGGCUGACACUACAAAUAAGUUUAAAGAGAAGUGGAAACAAAUUCUAGAAAAGUAUUCUGCUAUUGACGAUGAUUUGGAAUCUGACGAACUCGAUUUGCAUACCGGCCGAAUAACAAAAGACAAUGGUCACCUUCGAUCCAUGAAAGAGAGGCAGAUAGAGAUUGGUGGGGUAAUAGUGAAUGAUGAUAUAUGGGCCGAGGAUGACUCUUACGACAAGGCCUAUAACGACUACAGACGUGUUAAAGCGCACCAAGAGAAGCUCAAGAAGCGAUUUGAUACGCACAUCUUGCAACAUAAUAAAGACUCAUCUAUGAAAAGAGAAGAUGUACCCAUUGAUGACUUAGUCUCCUCAAUAUUUAGCCCUUCUAAACGAAAUUCAUCUAAAAAGACUCUCACUCGUAAACAUUCAUCAAGUUUCGAGUCACCUGAAAAUUCCAGCUCGCCUUUUCGAGGUUCUCGUGAGGAAUCCAUUUUUUCUAGCCCGCUGAAGAUCCCUACUUCACCAAAAGAAAACUCCCCCACCAAACGUCGAAAAGACAAAAUACUGAUACAAUGGUACAAUUGUGCCUUUGAAUAUUGUCCCUUUAAAACGGAACUUAGAGCUCAGUAUGGUGAGCAUUUGUUGGCGUAUCACGCAGACGAGCUUUCUUUUAUCGGCUAUCCUGUUGAUGGCGAUGAGAAACAAAUAAAAAAUGUGAUAACAGAGCUCUGCACAAGAAAGCUUGGGCUACAUUAUCCUUUGAACAUUGAGAGUGACGAUGAAUCUCUUACAUCAUCUGAGAAGGCAUGUCCCAUUUUAGGCUGUCGCUUUGAUGCCUCUACUUCGAGCGAACUGUUACGGAGACACAUACGUAACGAACAUCGAAACAAAAUUCCUAGAAGCGGCGUUCCGUCCAAAUGGUGCGCAAAUAGAGAUUCUGAAACUGCUCAUGUCAGAACCCCUUUAAUGGCUAGCAAGAUGAAGGUGCCUGAUGCGCCGAUAUGUGAGAUCGAAGACGAUGCUGAAUCAUCAUCAAAAGGUUACGACUCGCUGGCGAGUUUGAGCAAAGGGGAGCGAAUCGGUGACACUUCAAAAGGUGGCCGUGAUGAGAGCGGGUACGAUUCCAUUGAUGAAUUUUUUAAUGACUAA